GAUCACGCGAGGCUGCGGCCACAGCAGAGCAGGCAAUACGAGCUCCAGUCGCGUCCAGCAUGGAGGCCCGGGCGAUGCUCGCAUUGGUCGCGGCGGUCAGCUCCGCCGCCAACCUCGCCUCUGCAAACCUCGCCCUCGCGGGUCCAUACACUAUAGACAUGUUAGAGCUUGGCGCCUGCGAUGAUGGGGAAUACCCAGGCAUUUUGGUUAACAUUUCACAGACUGUAGACGAGGAAACCAAUGAAACCACGUACAAAGGAGGCAUCACUUUGUACUACGACAUGUUUGCGGACGAUUUUGAGAUGGAGGUGACGACAUACAAGUGGGGCAGUACUGGUGGAUGGAAUUUUGACUACCGCCUGCAAUUCUCCAAACCAUUCGAAUACCUGAAGACUAACUUGCCCAAUGUCUUUGAAUCUACUUUCGAGAAAAUAGGUAUCAAAGAGAAGCCAGUGUCUCCGGGGACCUACUACAUUAAUGGAUUAAUGCCACGAGGAAUCAGAUUAAAACACUUCGCCAUGCUUCCUUACGGGAAGUACAAAGCAUAUUUAAAGAGUGUGAAGGACGGAGAAAAAGUGAUCUGUGUAAUGACGAUUGGCAAGGUGAACGAAGUUGGAUAUAUCUAAGGAAUGGGAUUGAAGCCGUUGUUUUAAAAAAUCUUCACGUCUGUAUUUUCUGCCUCGUGCUGAGGUCUUCUUCCAGUCCUUGCUCAUACCAUGCAUACAGUGUGAAGAAGAAAUCCUCAGCAAAAAUUCCACAACUUAGGAUCCGAAGAUUAUACAACGAUAGUGAGACAACAAUACACAAGAACUUCUAACAGCAUCUACAAUUUCCAAGAAUACUUGUGUACAUAUAUAGUUGUUCUUAAAAAUGGACAAAUUUACCGUAGACUAUGAAAGGAUGGAAGAUUUUAGCAAUUACUAAUUGAAACCAUUAAUCUUCACACUGCUGUUAUGUUUAAUAAA